AGAUAGAAACCUGUGUAGGUAUCUGUGUCAACAAUCACAGGUUAUUUUGACGUUAUAUAGUUAUUUUACAGUUCACAAAAAUCAACAGUUUUUUGAAAUAUCUAUCUUAAGUUUUAUAAUCAUUUACCUACUUAUUUAAUCGUAGUAAAAGCAAUUUAGGUACCUACCUACCCUAAAACAAAUUUCAGUAAAAUGGUGGUAACUAAAUCAAAAAAGAAAAUAGGUUUCAACUCUACGUGUGAAAGGUUUGGUCGAGUAACUGGCCAUCCGAAUUUAGACCCCAGCGGUCUAUACGCAAAACAUCCCGAUGGAUGUGAUCCCUGCCUCUACCAUCCAAUUCCCAUACAUUUAUUAUGCGAAGCUACUCACAAACACAAAAUAGAUAAAGAUCCUUGGAGGUAUAAGAACGAAUUAGAAGAAUGGGGGAAAAACUUAGGUUACAGAAACCAAAAAAUCUUAGAACAGCGACGAUGGAUCCGAUCAUUAUUAGGGCCUGCUUGGCAUGAAGUUAAUGAGGUCCCCAAAUAUGAACCAGCCUGUAUGAACGUUGGCUUUGGAAGGACUCCUCGGUUUAAACCGAUGUUGAGACACGCCGUUCCCGAUCCUGGGGCCUAUUACAAAUCGGUUCCAUUUAAAGCUCCAUAUGGACCGCAUUCCAGCCGACCAACAUUUGAAAGAGAAGAGCCGUGCAGGUUUAAGGACACUACAGCGAAAUGGUGCCUCGCCUCGAACCGCUACACGAUUAUCGACAAAGAUUCUAUCGACCAAAAGUCAAAGAAAGUGAUUUCAAUUAGAGGUCCCUACGAUUUAUUUACUGGUAAACGAGACGAAAGUACGAUUAAAAAUCAUUUUAACACUUCUCUCAAAUGUUCGGCAGCCAGUUGGCCAAUCGCCUUAAAAGGCAGUUUGGAGAAAUAUAAGACGUCUAAUUUUGGCAAACUAAACAAGACCAAUAGAAGUAAGCCCUACAGAGGUCGAAACACCCUGAUCGACUUGGCGAUGUGCCCGCGUCGCCCUCAGGACCCUGGACCCACGCGUUAUAUCACCACGCCGCCUUAUACUUUCAAACAAUACAAACAUGGUUUUAAUAGUUCUUAUGAUAGACCCCCAGGCUAUAAAAAAGUAGUCGUAUGGCCAGGUGUAGGUCGAUACAAGUUUUCUACUCAAAGAUCUAUUGCAGGGAAUGGACACAAGCACGUGUUCCUAAGCAAAAUAGAAAGGACAAUAGGAGCCGUCAUAAUACCGCCGAUGAACACAUUCUAGCUACACUAUGGUAUGUGUUUAACUUUUAUAUUUCAAAUCAAGGUUUAACUUUGUUCAACAUUACUUGGCAGGUAGGCAUUUUUUUAUCUUGUUCCCUAUAUGCUCAGAUAGAGAAACCAGUCUUUUAAGAUAAUUAAUAAUUUUCAUUUAUUUACUUUACUUGAUACAUUUUUAAAUAUUCGAUUAAAAAAAAACAUUUAAAAAUAUAAAAAGCAGUAGCCCACCAGUAACGGGAUAAAUCCAAGCUACCGGCAGUCAGGGCUCAAGAGAGAGGAAUUUCCGGACAAUACGUGCCGUAUCCAGAAGUACUGCCUUCUGCAUCAGGCUCUUGAUCCAACCAUCUAACUUUAGCCUACUCAGGUGUUGGUCGAGGCUUUUGGCUAUAAGGCCAUUGGCAGAUACGACUAUCGGCAAUGAUUGCUGAAUUAAUAGAUAAUUAAUUAGAUAAUUUAUUGUUAAAUUUGUGCAGAAAUAAAAAUCGUACUUUAAUUUUUAA